AUGGCUUCUGCCAAAGAAAAUGUUCCUCUGGCGCCGCUCCAACUGCUGCUACGACAAACCAGCAGCCCGCGUCCUCCGCCACCGACACCGCUGCGGCCCAAGAUGGCCAACGGCGCCACCGAGCCGCCGGUAAGCGGCGUCGUCAAGUGCACCUGUUUCCGCCUGCCCAGCCGCACCAAGAAGCCUCACCCGCCGCAUCCGGUGCCGAAGCUACGCAGCGCCAGCAGCAGGAGCGCAGUGGCUCCGGACGUGUCGGCGGCGACGGCGUCCCAGUCCCAGCGGGUCACCUUCCGGGCGUCGGCGCCCCUCUCCACGAGGUGGCCGUGGUCACCGUCAGCCGCCUCUGCCAGUGCCGCCGGCGCCACCGCCACCCCAGCUCCUGCUGGCAGCAGCGGGAGCGUCGUCGCGCCGAGGAGGGCGUCGUCGUCGUCGUCGGUGGCACCGACGACGAUGAAAGCAGGCGCCGUAAGCACGUCGUCCUCGUCCUUCUCGCACUGGCGCUGCCGGUCGCUGUCGUCGUCCCGGGUCAUGCCGCACGGCGAGCGCGCGUCCUUCUCUUUCGCCGUGUCGCCGGCGUCCGCGUCGUCCAGCUGCAUGAGCACGCCAAACAGGUGGCAGCAGAAGUAG